CGUGAUCAGAGUGUAUAGAGACUGUACUUGGAGACUGAUCAAGGACGGACGCCAUUACUGAAGUCAGUCAAAAAAUAUAAAGAUGGACCCCCGUACCAGUGCCCAGGACGUGAUGCGAUGUGACCUGUGUGAGACCGCUGUGGUACAGAUGCACUGUGAUACAUGUCUUGUCAACCUGUGUAAGGCCUGUGUGGGAGAACACUUUUCUGCUGAUCUCUUGAACCCUCAUAAAAUUGUUGACUUCAAGGAUAGAAAAUCUACUCCCCUCAAUCCUAAAUGUAAAUCUCAUCACAAAGAACAGUGUGAAAUGUACUGUAAAAAAUGUGACAUUCCUGUCUGCAGCAGCUGCCUUGAAUCUAAUCAACAUUUAGGUCAUGAAUUGUCUAAAAUCAUUCGAGUUCUGGAUGAAAAAAAGGAAGUGAUUACAAAAGAAAUAAAUGAAUUAAAUGAUACAAUUUAUCCCACCUACCAAGACAUUGCGUCUGAUGUACAAAACAGAAUAAGUCAGUUAGAAAAGGAAUAUGGAGAUCUCUCAACAGCCGUAACAAAACACGGAGAGGACUGGCACAGAGAAAUUAAUAAACUUGUCAGGAAACUUAAAGCUGAAGUUGAUGAGAUGAAAAACACACAGUUACAAACUCUACAGAAACAUCUGGAUGAAAUAAAAAAGACAAUGGCUGAUAUCAAGGGAGAAAUUGAUUCAAUGGAAACUGCAAUAGACACCAAUGAAUUAUCAAAACUAUUUAGUGUCACACCCAGUGUACAAAAAUACAGAAAUCUUCCAGACAAAAUCGUAUCAUCAUUACCAAAAUUCAUUCCAGGAAAAAUACAAGGAGAACAACUUGGUAAAAUGUUUGGAGUUUUAUCACCAAGUUCUUUAACAUCAGAUAAACAUGGCUACAGCAUGAAGACAUCACAGAAAUCACCAGAAGCUGGAUCCUCUUCUCUAGUCAAACAACUGCCUGAAGAACCAGAGACUGUCACCACCAUAGACAGUGGGUAUGAAUGCCAAUACAAUGUGGCCUGUCUGAGUGAUGGAGAAAUCUGGACAAGUGGAGAUUACAACACCAUGAAACUCUUCAGCGUCAAUCAGGGAUCACUACUCAAGACAAUCACAACCCAAUCAGGGAAAAACCCAUCUGACAUAGCCAUGACAAAAAGAGGAGAUCUAGUUUAUACUGCAUACAAUGAUGGAACUAACAAACCAUUCCAUCCACGAGGAAUCACCACAGACAGUCAGAGUCACAUCCUUACAGCUGAUUAUAACAAUGAAUGUGUCCACAUCAUAGAUCAGGAUGGACAGUUCCUCCGUUACAUAGACUGUGGACUGCGUCAACCCUGGGGACUGUGUACAGAUACAAAUGACAAUCUGUUUGUUGCGCAAUUGAGAAAUAAACAAGUAAAGAAAAUCAAAUACAAGCAUCUGCAGUGA